AUGCAGCAACUGCAAGAACAACAGCAACAACAGCAGCAAGAACAACAACAGCAGAUGCAGCGGCAACAGCAGCGACAACGACAACAGCAGCAAGAGCAACAACAGCAGAUGCAGCGACAACAGCAGCGACAACGACAACAGCAGCAAGAACAACAGCAACAGCAGCAAGAACAACAGCAGCAAGAACAACAGCAGCUGCAACAACAGCAGCAACAACAACGGCUGCAACAACAACAACAGCCAGAACAACAACAACAGCAGCAAGAACAACAACAGCAGCAAGAGCAAAAACAGCAGCAAGAACAACAACAACAGCAGCAAGGACGACAACAACAGCAGCAAGAACAGCAAAUAGGAGAGCAGAGCAAACAGUCGGGCAGAUCAGUUCCUCGCCUGCUACCACGUUUUUGCAAGCGUUCCAGCUGCUCCCUUUGGGUAUGUGAGGGGGCCCUUAGCGGUUGGGUACCCCAGGGGGGCCCCUGUUGCGCUGCAGCUGCGGCAGCGGGGUCGUGGAAUGCAGCUCGUGGAUAUGCGGCAGGGGCAGCUGGUGCUGCUGCUACUGCAGAUGUGCUGAAGUUGCUGCUGCAGCAGCAGCAGCGGCGUCGGAUGCUGGCAGGUGAUCGUCUCUUGCUAGCCUUGGCGCUGAAGCCUACCGCUGCACACAGGCGACAGCUCGAACUUCUGGAUGUGCUGCUGCAAGAGGAACUGCACCAGCUGCUCCUAGAACACGGACUGGAGUCGAAGCAGGAGCAGCAGAAGAAGGCAGAGGAGCAGCAGGAGGCAGAGGAGCAGCAGAAACAUCAGGAGCAAAAACAGAAACAUCAGAAACAUCAGGAAAAUCCAGAAGGAAAGAGCUCAGCAGGCUUUCGCGCCGUUCAUCGGGAGGAGAAAAGAGGGGAGCCUUUGGCCUAUUUUACGUCCUCCAGCGACACUUCAGCAGUGGCUUUUUCCAAUGAAACACCUGAAGAAUCUUGCGCAUGUCGUGCUGAAACAGCCACGCUUCCACUGGAGGCCUUCGCGAAGCCUCUAGAGCUCUCUUCCCUGUUGUGUAAGAGUCUUCCAGUUCUCAUGGCGAACCCCCAGAAACCGACUGCUGCCAGGCAGGAGCUCACGCCAUCCGCACGAGAAUCUCCCCGUUGUCUCUCUGCCUUUGUCGAGGGUGCCACAACACUUGCUGGCUCCAGGAUGCGUAGGAGAAAGGCUGAGCUUCUACUCUCCAAGGCGGCUCUCAUCAGGGCAUUGCUUCCUGCAGGCGGGAUGGUGUCUGACGCGCACUGCCUCCUGGAAGCGAGGGCCCCUUCUUCCCAGGACCUUCUCCAGAGUAGUGCACUGGCAGAGGCAGUCUCAGGGGAGGAGCAACAACAGGAGCAGCAGCAGGAGCAACAGGAGGAGCAACAGGAGGAGCAACAGCAACAGGGGCAGCAGCAACAGCAACGGGAAGCUGACGAGGCUUCACGGCGGCUUUUCCAAUCGCGUGCUGUAGAUGCAGCUGUAGCGGAGUGGCUCCGGCUCUUAGGGUGCUGCCGUCUCUUGCAGCAGCAGAGGCCUUCAACAGCAGCCCACGGAAAUGCCUCGGUUCUUCGCGCGGUGCAAGACUUGGACAGGUGCUGGUUGCAGCGUCAAAUGGAGGAAACUCGGAGGCAGCGGCGGCACGAGCAG